UGGACUUUCCAUCGUCACCCACCCUUAUAAUCUCUCUCUCUCUCUCUAAUAUAUAUAUAUAUAUAUAUAUAUACACACACACACCCCCCAGUCUCCUCUCGUUGUCCAUCAUCACAUCCUUUAUCAGUUCGAUAACCGAACCCUAGACUUUCUACCGCGAACAAGCUUCACCAAUGGCUGCCUCAUCCACUUCCGCUGCUCUCAGGGCUAUCUCUUCUUCCGUCAAGCUGCCGGCGGCGGCCGCAGCCACCUCUUCGCCGGCCCAGACAGUCCGAUCACUCAAGCUUUCAAAGUCAAGCCCCUCGUUCUCCCCAAACCUCAGUCUCAGGCUCGGCUCUACCAGAUCAUUCACCUGCAAGAGCCAGAGCAACCCAGCAGAGGCUUCAAGACCCGCCAAAGUUCAGGAACUCUAUGUCUACGAGAUCAACGAGCGAGACCGCGGCAGCCCCGCUUACCUUCGAUUGAGCCAGAAAUCCGUCAAUUCUCUCGGCGACCUCGUCCCUUUCAGCAACAAGAUCUACACGGGAGACCUGCAGAAGCGAGUGGGGAUCACCGCCGGGCUGUGCGUUCUGAUCCAGAACGUGCCGGAGAAGAAAGGUGACCGGUACGAGGCCACGUACAGCUUCUACUUCGGCGACUACGGGCAGAUAGCGGUGCAAGGGGCGUAUCUGACCUACGAGGACACUUAUCUGGCCGUGACCGGCGGAUCGGGCAUCUUCGAGGGGGUGUACGGUCAGGUGAAGCUGCAGCAGAUCGUGUUCCCCUUCAAGCUCUUCUACACAUUCUACCUCAAGGGGAUACCGGACCUGCCGGCGGAGCUGCUGGGCUCGCCGGUUCCUCCGUCCAUCGCCGUGGAGCCGUCGCCGGCGGCCAAGGCCUGUGAGCCCGGGGCCACCAUUUCUAACUUCACCGACUGAGUAUGGGAAUGAUCAUGAUGUUGAUGCCUAGCAAUAAAACUCACUUUUUUUUUGGUGCCAAUGCCAUGGCCUGUGGUUGGGCUUAGCUUUUCCACCUUCAGGUUUAUAGGUUGCAGCAGGGACCAAUAUUGUCAGUUUCUUGUGAGAUUGUUAUUGUAAUAAAGGCAAUUUAAUAGAUAUAAUUUGAUUGGAAUUA